AUGCCGCUGGGAAAGUUGCUGAAAUCUGGUGCGGGGUCACUGCUAAGCGGCCGGGGAUUCCGAGGGCUCAAGCGAGUUUUUCUGGACUAUACUUCUCCUGUUGAGAAAACGAUCUCGAAGGCCUUCAAGGGGCGAAAUAUGGAUAGGCUCGAUUCUUGGCAUCUGAUGGGAAUCGUGGUAGAUCCUGACUGGUAG